UGGCAUAUCAUUAUCAGAGUAGAUCUUCUGAUCAUCUUCUUUUGUUUUUCUAGCAGUCCAACGUCAAACCGGAAUUCUUCAAAAUGGACAACUCAAUAAAAGACAAUCCUUUCGUUCCACCAAAGGGCACACGUUGUCCCGUGAAUGACAUACCUCCGGAGCUCCUUUCUCUCAUCUUUGAGGUCGGUGCCCAAUCCAUUGAGGAUGGAGAGGAUGAGGAUGAGGAGGACGAGGCAAUGGCGGACUACUGGAAUUUGGAAGCGGGCGCGGAAGACGGAGUAGACGAAGAAAGUGAAAUGACAAACUUAAAGCGGAUCAGAGUGACAAGGAACGAUGGUGCCGCGGACGAGGAUGGUUCAUCCGAAUCAUCAACAACCACAUUCGAUGACAUCCCACAAUUUGAGGUACUCAUCUCGCACGUCUGUCACCAUUGGCGUACGGUGGCCCUUAACACUCCCUCUCUCUGGACGAAGAUCGACGUAUCACCUCUCGACUCACCCCCAUUUGAACGAGUUCAGAUUUUGCUUGGGCGCAGCAAGAGCCUCCCUAUCGACAUACACAUAGAUUGUGAACCUCCAGAUGACGAUGAAGAAGAUUACUCAGGCUCUGAAGACUCAGAGCUUGGUCAGUCCCCACAUUCGAUGUCCUUUUCCGAUCUCGAUAAUCUCAUGUCCCUUCUUGUUCCACACAUAUCACGCUGGGGAUCUGUCGAAGUCGGGGUCGCUUGUUACAAGCACAUGUUCGUUUUCCUUUCUGCAGUUUCAGAUCCUUCCAUAGCAGGUGCUCCCCAGCUCGAGGCUCUCCAGUUGUAUCACCAUGAAGAUGCAGAAAGCCUCACAGCAUUCGCCCACCCUGACCUCGUCCAACAUUUCAAGUUGUUUGGAGGCGUUGCUCCGCGUCUCAAGAGCAUAGCGUUGUGGGGUGUGCACGUUGACUGGUGUCAAGAAUGGUUAUCUUGCGGGUCCAAUAUCUUGGACCUGGAGCUUGCUUAUCAUACAGAUGACGUACGACCGUCAUGGACACAAUUGGCUGGCAUCCUUUGCGGUGCACCCAAGCUAGAAACACUCUCUUUAUGCAGCUCUGGUCCCCUCGGUGCUCCCCAUGACUGGCAUCCCGAAGGAAGUUCAGGAAGCUAUAGCGAUCACUAUACCGGAGUCAUCGAGUUGCGCUCACUGAUAUCUCUUGUCCUGGCGUUCCAUUCACCAGUCUAUGUCAGUGGGUUGCUCCGCCGUCUAUCAUUUCCUGCACUCAAAACCCUCACACUCGAUUUGGACGACGGGGAUUUCACGGAUCUCGCAGCCCAGCUUGCUGGUCCUGUGGUGACCGCAAUCCCGGUCAUACAAAAGGAUGGAGAGAAGAAGCGCAGUUUACUCAGCGGACUUGACACCCUCAAAAUAUCCGGUCUUCCCUGCCCAGACCGUAGCGUAGAGAUCAUGUACGCAGAGCUCGGCAACCUCAAGGCGCUCAACCUAUCAAUGACGUACCUCUCUCCUGCCUUCCUUCAGUUACUUUGUCACCCUUGCUCUGUUCCUGGCCAGCGGGACGUUUGUCAUGUUUGGCUUCCUUCGCUCACCACUUUGUCGACGGCCGACGUCCCUGGAAACCAAAUACGCGAGUUGGUGCAGAAGCGCAAGGAAGCAGGUGUCCCUCUAAAGGCCGUGUAUAUGGAGGAGAACGAUGAAGUCACGGAUUAUGAAUUACAAUGGUUGAAGGAUAAUUUGGAGACAUUUGAUUUCUUCGAGGGCAGUGACGAUGAAUUUGAAUUACACGAAGAUAUUGAAGAGGAACACGAGGGUUCAGAAUCAGAAUGGGAGGAAGUGGAUGAUUGACUGCAGACGCAUGCUGCAUCUAUGUGGCUUUCGCCUAUCUCUCGCUAGUUUAUAUUUAUACUUAGGGCGGCUGCUUGAGUUGCGCUCGAACGACUUGAAGGCUUUCGGAUAUCAGAUUGCGACGCGCUGACAGUCAUCUCGCAUGUUGUUUUUAUAGAUGCGUUCAAGUAUACUUAUACGUGAUAAUUUUCCUGAUCCUCAGGUGUGAUUCUGUGAAAUGCUGGUUAUCUAUAAUCUUCACAAUGUAAAAGCAAUGUGUUCGCCAUCGG